AUGGCCAGAAACGAAGCUGAUUACAUAUUGGUUGCUCACAAGCAUAAGAUAAAUUUCUACAAAACAACCACAAUUCAUGUAUCAACUGCUUUUGUUGAUAGGAUCGAUCCUUUUAAUUUUGUGAGUUUACACGAUCAGAGAACAAGAAAUUUUGACACUCAUGUUGCAUUUGAUUUUAUUGAUCAAGUUGUAUCUAUUGAACCCAUAAGAGUAAUUAAGGAGAAUGCAAGGGAAACAAGGUUAAUGAGUAUUGUUGCACAGGUUCUGAGUGGUAGGAAAAUGCAAGUUGCUUUAUGGGAUGGUUUUGUAUUGAAGUUGAACAGCUACAUAUCUGAACAUCAAAAUGAAAAUGCUCCUGUGAUCAUCCUCCUACGUAUAGCAAAGCUCAAGACUUGGGGUGGUAAGAAUAAUUAUUUUUAG